AUGGAUCUUGCCAGCAAUUGGACCACGGACGCAGCUCUUGGCUGUGAUAAUUCUUUCGGCCCAGCCGCUAGCAGCUGUGAGACACCUCGGUUCGACUUUACGCUCCUCUUUGAGCAGUCGAUCUUGAGUAUUGCGCCAUGUGCGCUGCUUCUAAUCUUUUCGCUACCGCGAACUCUCUAUUUGUUUCGUAGCAAGCCCAAGGUUCUGCGCAAUCGAAUCGGCAUACCUAAAUUGUUAUCGCUACUAGUAGUUUGGUCCGUCCAUCAUGAGGCUCUCACUCGUGCCUCUCUGGCGGCGGCGACGCUCAGCCUUGCCGACGGAAUCGCACUGAGUGUACUGAGCUUUUUGGAACAUCGACGAUCAAUUCGGCCUUCAAGCAUCAUUCUCGUCUAUCUCGUGUUCUCUAUUGCUUUUGAUGCAGUCCAGUGUCGAACUCUCUGGCUUCUUAAAACAAAUGUCUUGGCUCCAGUCUCUACAGCUACACUGGCGUGCAAAAUCGUCGUUUUUCUUCUUGAACUUGGAGAGAAGCGCCAUAUUCUUCUGCAUCCCUGGAAUAAUCUAACACCAGAAACAACGAGCAGCAUCAUAAAUAGAAGCCUCUUUUGGUGGCUAAACGACCUUUUGCUUCGUGGAUUCCGUACGCCUUUGUCUACUGAUACGCUUUACGAGAUUGACGAUAGUAUGAAGUCGGAGAGACUUUUCCUUAAAUUACAGGAUGCGCGUCAGAAAUGGUCCAAGUCGCAAGUACCCCAUCGAUAUCGUCUGUUGUUUGCUACAUGCGAUUCCCUCCGAAAGCCAUUGGCCGUCACAAUCCUGCCUCGUCUAUUCUUGAUCGGCUUCAAGUUUGCCCAGCCUUUCCUUAUAAAUCGCGUGAUUACAUACAUUCAGGAAAAGAAUGACGGUGAUGGGGCUAGAAAAGAUGUCGGCUAUGCGCUUGUUGGAGCGACCGGACUGGUCUACCUUGGUUCUGCUAUUUCCAAUGGGUUCUAUCAGCACAAACUAUUCCGCUCUCUCACAAUGAUUCGGGGUGCUUUGACGUCCUUAGUUUAUAUCCGCACCCUCGAAGUGAGCGCCAUGUCUUCCGACACCGCGGCUAUUACACUAUCUGGUCCGGAUGUUACUUCCAUUACGAGAGCGUUCGAGAGCUUUCAUGAAAUAUGGGCAAACCCCAUAGAAAUUGCGCUGGCCAUAUGGCUGUUGGCGAGGGAGCUUGGCCUAGGAUGCAUUGGUCCAGCUGUCGCUGUUAUUGUGUGCACAAUUGCUAUGACGAGGCUCUCCAAUUUCAUGGGGCCAGCUAUGAAAGCCUGGAAUGAAGCCAUCCAGCAACGUAUUACGACAACAUCCAGUGUAAUUGGCUCAAUAAAAGAAGUCAAGAUGCUGGGCAGAGCUAGCUCAUGGACAGAUAGCAUUCAACUGCUUAGAGUGGCAGAGCUUCAACGCUCGAAGAAGUUUCGUAGAUUCAUCACAUAUAUGAACAUCUUGGGCAAUACCCCGUCUGCUUUGGCUCCGAUUCUCACGUUUGGCAUUGCCAUUGCUGUGAGUCGCAAUGGCGCGCAGAAUCAGCUCUCCAUCUCGACCGCUUUCACCUCGCUAUCAAUCAUCGCACUGAUUACGAAUCCUCUGGCGAAGCUUCUCUCGUCUGUUCCGUCCUUUGUGAGCUGUAUUGGCAGCUUUGAGAGAAUCGAGGCAUUUGUUGACGAAAGCCAAAAUGCGCCGUCUACACCAAUCGGUAGACGCAGUGAUGCAUCAAUCCAAACUGGGGUGGCCGAUGAUGUCUCAUUCAAUGUGAAGCGUGGAGAAGCCCCCGUCCUACAAGGUCUAACUAUUAGCAUCCGACCGUCGACUUUAACACUAGUGACUGGAAAGAUUGGAUCGGGAAAGUCGAUGCUUCUACUCGGGCUCAUGGGCGAGCUUCAUGCAAGUGGUAAUUUAAAACUUCCCUCAUCUGGGAUUGCAUUCUGCUCCCAAGCAACUUGGUUAGUCAACACCACCAUCAAGCAGAAUAUCACUGGACCGGAAGACCAAGACAUCGACUCGGAGUGGUAUGAAACCGUGAUCCGGGCGUGUGCAUUAGAGAGAGACCUUCAGCAACUGCGAGAUGGCGAUGAGUCCAUUGUUGGAAGUAAGGGACUUACACUCAGUGGUGGUCAGAAGCAGCGUGUUGCGCUCGCGAGAGCGAUUUACUCAAGAAAGCAAGUGCUCAUAGCGGACGAUAUCUUUUCGGGUCUGGACCCAGAAAGCAGGCGUCACAUUUGGACUCAAGUAUUUGGUCCAUUGGGAAUACUCCGCCGUCAAAAGUCCACCGUGAUACUUGCGACACAUACACUGGAAUUUAUUCAAGAUGCAGAUCACAUCAUCAUUCUCGAGAAUGGGCGAAUUGAACACCAAGGCACUUUCAGCGAGCUUUGUGAUUCAGUAGCCAUCCUGAAGAGUCAACAAGGCAAGGAAGAUGACUCAACAUCCGAAGAUUCGUCCGACGAAAUUGAGCAGAAGUUGCCCAAUGUACGAAGACAAGAAACUGAGGCCGAAGAAACCGAAAAUUUGACCCAACGAAUGGGAGACUCGUCUCUGUAUGCUUACUACUUCAGGUCAAUAGGUUGGAAAUUGGCUCUGGGAGCGCUCUUCUUUUCCACUACGGAACAGUUUCUUGCUCAAUUCGCCCAAAUUUGGCUUAAAUGGUGGACAGAGGCGAAUGAGGGCCACUCUGAUACGAAUACGGGCAUGUAUUAUGGAGUAUACGCCAUGUUUCUCUGUCUUGGAGUUGUAGCCAUUGGCGUUGAUUGCUGGUUCAUGUUUGUCGUUUUAAUCCCACGAUCUGCGGAAUGGCUCCAUUGGCAGUUGUUAGAGGCCACAAUGAAGGCACCGAUGGCUUUCUUCAAUUCUGUCGACAGUGGCGACUUGAUUAAUAGAUUUAGUCAAGACAUGUCUCUUGUUGACCGAGAAUUGCCUACAGCAGUUUAUACAACGACGUUUGGCCUUCUGUCAUGCAUUGGAGAUGCAAUCAUCAUUAUUGUCGGUGCGAAAUACCUUGCGGCAACAUUACCAGUAGCAAUCCUAGUACUCUACGCACUGCAAAAAUUCUAUCUCCGAACCUCGCGCCAACUCCGUGUCCUGGACCUCCAAGCCAAAUCGCCACUGAAUACGCAACUUCUGGAGACCAUUGAAGGGCUAUCGACCAUACGCGCGUUUCAUUGGCAAUCUGCUAUGACCAAGUCGUCUCUUGGAUUGCUAGAUCGUUCUCAACGCCCACACUAUCUGCUUCUCUCUAUUCAGCGCUGGUUAAAUUUGGUCCUUGAUCUCUUGGUAACCGUCGCAGCGGUGCUUCUUGUCCUCUUUGGAGUUACCACCAAGACGUCUACGCCGGGAAACAUGGCCAUUGCCAUGUACAGCGCACUGGGCUUUAGUGGAUCACUCGCCAACUUUAUCUCCUCUUGGACAUCUCUUGAAACAUCACUUGGAGCUAUCGCCCGCCUUAAAGAAUUCAUGCAGGUCACUCCUCAAGAGAUUGAGCCAUCACAGGACACGCUUUUGAAGCCUUCAGCUUCAUGGCCCUCAAGCGGUCAAAUCAACUGGCAAAAUAUCGAGGCUUACUAUACUAGAAAAGAUGGAGGCGGAGAUCCUGUCCUUCACAACAUCUCGCUCCAGAUCCAGCCGGGCCAGAAGGUUGCCAUUUGUGGAAGAAGUGGAAGUGGAAAAUCAUCCCUGCUAUCAACGUUAUUUGGGCUGCUGGACUAUUCUGGGACCAUCACCAUUGAUGGGCUGGACAUCUCACAACUGUCUAAGCAAGCUCUCCGGUCUGGUUUAAUCGUGGUGCCUCAGCAUCCUGUCUUAUUUCCAGGAUCAUUACGCUCAAAUCUCCUCUAUGACUCAGAUCAACAGGGACAAAUGCUCUCAGAUACCGAAAUUAUUGCUUUACUCGAGAAAUUGGAAGUAUGGGACGCCGUUUGCCAGAGCGGGUCUCUCGAUACAGACAUGACCGACUUGGCUCUGUCUUACGGCCAAAAGCAACUCCUCUGUUUGGCACGGGCCAUACUUCGUAAAGACAAAAGCAGAAUUGUCAUUCUGGAUGAGGCGAUGAGCGCGGUGGACCACCAUACAGAAGAGCUCAUGAUCAAAGCUCUCGAGACCGAAUUUAACGAGCACACCAUAGUCUCCAUCGUCCAUCGACUGAAUACAGUUCGAAAGUUUGAUGCACUUGUCGUCCUCGAUCAAGGCAAAAUCGUCGAGAUGGGUAUCCCUGGGGAGCUGAUUACCGAAAGUGGGCAGCUGAAAAGAUUCCAGAACAGCCGAAAAGUGUGA